GAUCUAUAAUUUAGUUCAUACACACACGAAACGAAGGGACCAUUCUGCAAAUCUCGAGAAAAUCAUAAUAUACGUGGAAUUGCCUGUCCCUGCGCUGCCAAAAUUGUCGUCCGUCUCUCUCCGGAAUCCACAUCGCAACUUCCUCCGCCGUCUGUAGAAACCCUAGCCCCCGUCCCCGAUCAACCCCUAGCUGUAAAUCACCAUGCUUCUCUCUCCGGGCCACUCCCCGAGGCACAUCUCGUCGCCGUCGCCGUCUCUGAUCUCGGAGGACGCUCUCCAGGUCUCAUCCAAAUCAGGCGGCGCUUCCUCUUCCAGGAAGCGGCCGAGGGUUCUCGAUGAGGACACAUACGUGGCCGCAAUGGAGAAGAUCAUCGAGCGGGAUUACUUCCCCGACAUCUCCAAGCUCCGGGACCGUCUUGAUUGGCUGGAGGCGGUGAAGACGGGAGAUCCGAUGCAGAUACGAGACGCUCAGCUGAAGAUCAUCGAGCGCCGCGGGAAGAAGGCCGGGAAUCCAGGGUCCGAUUCCACUCUGCGAGGACCAAGCCGCACCAGGACACCAGGUUCUACUUUCAUGCGUAAUUUCACCCCUCUAGAUGAAUUCGAUGUCACAACUCCUAGCGUUCUCAAUGCUAAUUUAUCGGGCGAGGCUGGAGAGAAUGAACCAGCGGAUGUAGAUGAAUCUCUAGGGUUAGAUGAGUUCCUCAGGAGGUAUACUAGCGAGGAUAACGAUAGUUUUGCUAAGAUAUUAACCAAAGUCAACAAGAAGAGGAAGGAGAAGUAUGCUCAUUUGUUGGAAGGUGAGAAGGAAGAAGAUGGUAAGUCCAUAGAAGAUGCAAAGCGGGAUAGGAUUACUGAUGGUUAUGGAACUUCCGAUCAGCCUCCGAGUACAUUAGAAAGCUGGAAAUACACUGCAAAGAAUCUGCUCAUGUAUCACCCUGCUGACAGAGGUGAAGCUCCAUUGACCGAGGAAGAGCAGGCCAUUCGAUUGCAGGGACUAACCAAAGAGAUCAACAAGGGGAGCACUAGAUUCCAUGGUAAAAUGAUGGAUACUAGGCCGAAUGAUGAUGGCACCUUGGAAGUUCUCUACACUCCAGUUGUAGGUGGGACACCAAUGCCCAUGUCUGAUAGAGAACGAGAUAAGAUGAAGAAGUAUGAUCUUGACGACUUGAAGAAGUCUGCGAAUGGGUACAGCUUCGUGAAGACGCCAUCGCCUGCUCCAGGUGUCGACGAAUCACCAUUCAUCACGUGGGGUGAGAUUGAAGGGACACCGAUGAGAUUAGAGGAUGAAGACACUCCAAUUGAUAUUGGUGGAAAUGGGGAUGGACCACACUUCAGGAUCCCGAAUCCGCCUCCUAGGGAUGUCAAAGCUCACUCUUUGUCUAGGGAUGCUGCACGAAAAUUGCGGGAGAGAUCAAAGAUGUGGCAGAAACCGCCGUUGCCUUCCCCUAGCAGAGGGGGAAGUGCUAGCCCUAAUGUUCGGACGCUGUCACCUGCAGCCCAGAAGUUUGUGAGGAAUGCGAUUUCAAAGAAUUCGGGGUCAGUUGUGGAUGAGUCUCUUCGAGCUAGUUAUCGAGGUGGGAGUCCUUUGCUGGGGACCCCCAAGAGCGGGAGGAGCGUGUCAAGGCUUGGAAGAGAUGGCACUAGCAAUAUUUCCAGGUCGCCUUCUGUGAGAGAGGGUUCCAAUCCUCCAUGGUAAAAGUGUUGGACUACUCGUCUGCGUUUAGUUUUUUUUACGUUUGGUGUUACCUCUGAAUUGUGCUUUUGCUUUCCUUCGCUUCUCACUGUAUUAAUUCGUGAUUGUUAAUGAAUGGUCGAUGCUGUGUAUUGGAAAUGUUUGCAUAAUGGAAAGCCUUUCUUGAAGUUGAAGGCAUAUGUUAUCAUAAAUGCUAUGCUGAAGUUGGCAGGUUAUGGUAACAUGGUGGAACCUGAUUGCGAGCGAAUCUCUCUAUCAAUCGGAAGUCUGCAUUGAAAGCUAACGGGUAACAUGUGAUGAUGAGAUAGAGGUGUUCGUUUGACUUUGGCAGUACGAGAGACUAUUUUUCUUCCACUUUUCCGCUGGCUGUUUUCCUUUCUACUUUCUCUCAGCAGCUCUGCUGGAAAUGUGUUCAUCCCGUGUGGCAUCCUACCAGAAUGAUCGAAAAGUCUGCAAGACUGGUCUGUUUCACCCCCAAAUCUACCUUUUUGUUUAUGUGGAUGAAAACUGAAAUGGUGUUUUUGAGUGGCGUUUCUCAGUCGUGCACGAUAGAGAGGUUGGUAUGUACAUGAUACCCAAAUUGAAAAGAACGGAGUAAUGAGUAAGGAUAGUAGGUUAGAUUCGAUUCGAUUUGGAAUGGUACUGGUGGUAUGAACCUAAGAGAACCGUCGCACCCAACCGCCCAGUGCAGUGUGACAGUCGCCAUCGUUACCUUUCCUGUUGCAGUAGUAGUACUCAUCACGGAGAUCGUAUGUGCUCAUUUGUCACUGUCUGUCUGGUCAUCUUCCGACUUGAGAGAUUGCAGAGAUCCUGGACAGGAUUUGUAGUGCCUUGAAGCUCAAGAUAUCGUCUGUAUCUCGUUUGAUUUUGGGCUGGAGAGGUUCGUCGGGCGAGUGAGCAACAUCAAAAUAGCUUUGAUGAAGUCACAAGCAUCACAUUUCCUUCAACUGAAAGCGCUGAUGCUGAUGCCGAUGCCGAUGCCUGCCUGUGCAUGCAUCAUCGCCUUCCCCACCAGCCAGCCAGCCUGCCGCGUGAAGUUUACAGCACUUGCAGGCUGCAGCCAGCCACUCACUUCCCUUUUCCUUGUUGGCGUGUGAAUGUGGCUUGGUAUCCACUAAUUUCACAAACAAGUGGGUCUGUGCAAUAAUACUAUCUAUUGAUUACAAAAAAUAAUUUGAGAUGAAUGAUUUCAAGAAGUUGAAACGUAGAAUGAAGUUUGCAAGAUAGUCAUUUGUUUGACGUUUCUUUAAGUCUCAAGUUAAGCGUCCAAGCUGCGUAGAUGGUUACGUCGCAUAAUUACUAGGGUGGGUAAUGUACAGGUUGGAUGGAUUUUGGUGUUAAAUUGACUUACCUGCAUAUUAGCGAGUUGAUAUAAUUGUAACUUGCUAUACUACCGCAAUUUUUUUCGGGUUGGCAGAUAGGUGCGGUUAGGUUGUGGGUUAACCCACAAUAACAAUGCUCCAACUAACCGUUAUUUAUAAUAAGAAAGGUGACCAUCAUGUACAAUAAGUUUCUAAGAAAUUAGUAAGACUGUCAAUUUAAACGCUUCCCACUUUGUCUCCUGUGGUCAGUGUUGUAUUUUCAUCAAAUUUUUUAUUACUCCGUCACAACCAAUUGCGUAAUGAAAACUAUGGAUUUUG